AUGGAUAUACCAAGAAGAACGGAGAUUCCGCUUGAAAAAAUCAUUGUCCAAGGGCGAGUUUCAGAGAGGAGCAGUGUUAUGGAGCAAAGCACACAUACAAUGAAAAACAAGAUGGGGAAGGAAAAGGUUGUAGGAGUUGGAGAAAAGGGCGACGAAGGAGACGAGUAUGGUAAUCAACCAAAGAAGGACCACCAGCCAUGCCACGAAAACAACAUUUCUAAGCAGAAAGAUCUUUCAAAAGGUUUGGAAAGUUCUGGGAAAUAGAA